UUUAAAUGUUACAUCCAAAACAUCUUAUAAACAUUAUUAUAUCACCAAAAAGAAGAAAGAAAAAAAAUACACAUCUUUUAGCUCAUCACUCCCUUUUCAUAUGCAACAACUAUCCCAAAAAUAAUGGAGGGUUCAUCUUCUUCAUCAUCAACCCAAAACUAUGAAGCAACACCACCACCAUCACCAACUCCAAGUCGUUAUGAAUCCCAAAAAAGAAGAGAUUGGAACACUUUUGGGCAAUACUUAAGGAAUCAACACCCUCCGGUUCCUUUAUCUCAAUGCACUUGUCACCAUGUGUUAGAUUUCCUUCGUUACUUGGAUCAAUUUGGAAAAACUAAGGUCCAUGUCCUUGGGUGCAUGUUUUACGGGCAACCUGAACCACCAGCCCCUUGCCCAUGCCCUCUUAGGCAAGCUUGGGGCAGUCUUGAUGCCCUCAUAGGCCGCCUUCGUGCAGCCUAUGAAGAAAAUGGUGGCUCCCCUGAGAUGAACCCUUUUGCUGGUAGCGCGAUAAGGGUUUAUCUUAGGGAGGUUAGAGAAUGUCAAGCUAAAGCUCGAGGUAUUCCUUACAAAAAGAAGAAAAAAGUAGGUGGAAGAGGUGGUGGAAGUGGGAGUGGAAGUAGUGAAGAUUCUUCUUCUUUCUCUCCUGGUGGUUCUUCUUCUUCUAUGAUGAUGAUGAGAUUUCCUUAACAUGAAAUAUGAUCAUGUUCAUAUCAUUAUUUUCUCUAAGUAUUACCAUGCUAUGAAGACAUCUGAACUGCCAAGAUAUAAUCAGCUAGCGUGGAAGACAAUGUUAAAUUUUCAGUCAAUUUUAUCUUCUUCACUGUUCAUCUUCUUCAUUAAUUAAGAUUAUCACUAUAAAUAUGUAUCACUUUUGAAUUCUAAUGUCCCAAUUAGUAUUUUAUUGAGUUUUUCUAUAACUGUUUCGGGUA